AGAAUGAGGAUGAUAAACCUGUUUGUCAGUUUUUCGAAAGAGAGAAGAGAAUACGCCAUCAGCUAUUCAUAAACCACCUAUGAGAAUUACUGGAUGCCUCUGCAGGAACAGAAAAACUAAUGGUAGGAGACUGUUUUUUACUUUAACAACAAAGAGACUUGUGGACUUUAACCCACUUGCUCUGUAAUGAUUAAGAGUCCAAACAGGGAGUUUCAGUAUUAUGUGAGUCUCAGUCAAAGACAGGUAAAUACACAGAGAGAGAGAGAGAGAGAAGGGUGAGUGGGAAGAGAGGUGGGGCACAUCCUGAGUCAGGACACCGACAUGCUCUGUGUUGCGGAUUUUAUGUGAGUCAUGAACUUGCUUGUUACAUUUACAAGGUGUGAUUAGCUUGACGGGCAGUGGAAGUAAAAACUUUGGCGUAGCUUAUCUAUCAUGGAUUCCUUAACACGGUGGAUAAAUAAACUUAGGCCGUAGACAAAGGUGAAAGCCAGGAUAAAGCCUCAGCUUGUUUGUCUCAGUUGACUGCUUCCAUGGCAACUUCUGCCAUAAUAACAGCAAGUUAGUUUUUUACCAAAAUAAAACCAUCACAGGGAGGGCAACAAUGCACCUGCCUGACUAGGCAGCUGGAAAACAAUCUGCGCAGAAAAAUGCUGUAGGACUCCUACGGAGCUCUGAUGCACAAUGUUUUUUCCCAAAUGGCCCCUCUGGUGCAUUUUCUUCAGCCUGUGCUUGUCGGCCUGCGGCUUGGAGUUCAUAGACUAUGGCAGCGAUGCAGUAAUUUGCCCACAGGUGUUCUCUGAUUGCACCAUCGAAAAUGGUCUUUAUAACCCAGAGGACAUUGUGGAUGUUCAGCUUGAAGCAUCUUUUAAGCUCUGCUGUAAACCCACAAGAGAUUGUGCACUUUGUCUGGUGAUAGAGACAGAGGUCAGCAUCUCUACAGAUAAAGAGGUGGAAGAAGAUAGCCACUCUGGCACUGGUGGGGAGGAUGACGAGGACAAAAGAAAUGAAAAAUCUUCCAUGACAGUAUGUUACCAGCAUGCAGCCAGCACCUUGCCCAUAUGCAAGAAGGUGGAGUUUACAGUUAAUUACACAACUCUUGCUCAUCAGAACAGGAACCAGGUGUCCAUGGUGAUCACAGAUGUUUUUCACUUCAGCAGCCAAAUAAGUGUUUAUCCCAGCAAAUUUAAUUAUCAAACAAAAAAACUUGUUGCACCUUCGGAAGAGAAAGUGUGUUCCCAGGAGCUCCUGCAGAAAUACAUACCCAUGUGUCCAGUGCUGACAUUCAGUAUUAAUCCAGUUUACAAGGAAAAUCACAUUGAGUUGCAGAUUGUGGGCAACAAUAAGACCCAUCCCUCGCUGUGUGUCAAAUACGAGGAGAAAGGACACUGCCGGAGACUGGCCCAGACCACCAUUCCUCUGUAUUCUGUGGCCCCCUGCAUGUGUAUCGAGGGAUGGGAUGACGAUGAUCCGAGAUCUCAGCGCUCUCAAAUCUGCCCCUUUGACAAAGCAGGAUUGCCACUUAAUUUACAACACUUCAUGUGGAAGAACGUCUCAGUAAAUGUUAGCCUGAGCAAAAUGAGCGACGGGAGCACUGCUCUGUUAUGGAACCUGACUGCCCCCUGCAGGUUGGAUGGUGAAGUGUCACUCUGUCACAAAGCAAGUAUCUGCAAGGGGAAAAAUAACCACACGCAAAAGUUUGUUGGUGUGAGCAAGUGGAAACAAAACAGCAAGGGACUUUGGGAAAGACAAGGUGUAUAUGAAAACAUCGAUGAAAGGAUUUCCCAGUGUGUCAUGAUGAAAAUAAGUGGAGCACAUCAGGAAUUUGGACCAUUCUGCGCUGUUGACACUGGCAGAUGGCACUGGACUCUCCUGCUUGUCGGUGUAAUGCUGCUUGUUUGUCUGACUGUGCUAAUGAUUUACUUCCUUCAUGAUUAUGUCAAGAAAUGGGCGUGGAGCUGGCGACACGGUGGAUUCAUAAAGAUCGGCAAAAAGGGUCAUGUGCUGCUGCUAAGCCCCCCAGAUGUGGAUGAAGCUGUUUCGGAGUUGGUUUGUCAGUUGGGCUCCCAGCUCUGUAGCCAAGGUUUCAGUGUGUCUGUGGACCAGUGGUGCAGGAAGGAUCAAUGCACAAUGGGACCUCUGCCAUGGCUCUACUCCCAACUGCAGAAGCUGGACAAUAUGGGUGGUCGAGUUUUGCUGGUUCUAACCCAGAAAGCCAUAGAAAAAACAGAAGAGUGGACCCUCUCGAACAAAGGUGGAGAAGUAAGGGAUCAACAACAGAUAAGGACGCCUUAUUCUGAUCUAUUUACAACCUCCUUGUUCAUCAUUCAGACCCGCAAGGAGCUGGGCACGGCAGCUGAACGCUUUAUUCUGGUGAAAGUUGACUCCCAUCAAAAACAGAGUCACAGUGGUGACAGGAGACUUCCAGAGGUGCUUCAAGGGCUUCCUCUGUUUCUGCUCCCCUCUCAGGGCCAAUCGCUCACAGCUGAGUUGACUGUAAUAGAGACAGACAUGGGGUCAAGGGAAAAGACACGGACAGGUUGGAGGAUGAAGAUCUGAAGCAGAUGGAGGAUAUGAAAAACAUUAUGAUAACAAACUUUAAAAAAACCUGUCGAUGAAACUACAAAGAAAUGUCAUUACAAUUACGGCUGCAAGAUGGACAUGAAGGACAUGCUCAUGUGGACUGAAUGUGACAAAGAACGCACUAAGACUUUGGUCAUUAAAUAAAUAAUGCCAGACUUAUAAGUAAGUUUCUAGUAAACGGUUUUAAGCAAAUAAUAUCUUACCUGUGUUAGUUAACUCUCUUUGCUCCCUUAUUUAGUUUAAAGCUGGAAUGGUUGGUCCCGGUGGCUAAAGCUAGAGGCUAGACCGACAGGGUCUAAAUCCGAAGCAGACUUUGGCUAUUUUAAAAUAACUAAAGUUAUUUACAGAACAGCUAAUAAUUGUUUAACCAGGAAGUGAAGAUUGGAGGCAGUGCAUCACAAAUUAUCAUUUUGUGAAUAACAGGUACAGAAAACAAUGUUAGAAAGUUUUUUUUUUUUGGUUAUUGUAUCUACCUAAUUAUAUAGAGAGUAAAGUGAUGUAAAAGCAGCAUUCACUUAAGCAGCUAUAAGAUUUUUGCUUUUUAUAAGACAGUCACUCUGAUCAGAAAGGCUUUAUAUGUUCCAUUUUCAGUACAUGUUUCACACAGGAAGAUCAUUGGUGGCACUCUACUUCCUACCUUCACUUCCUGUGUAAAUAAAAAUGACCUUUUGAAUAAAUAAUUAACCAAUGCAAACACAACAAUGAUCUAAGCCUAAUUAAAUAGGGUUCCCUAAAUUGUUAAACAUUUUAAGAUUAGAUUUGUUUCAGGGUGGUCCACUUUGGUCUUGGCCCCUCUCAGAGGAGCUGUGAGCCUCAUCCUCCAGGACCAGCUAUUUUGGAUUUAUACUAAAAGGACAAAUAUUAUCUACACCAGGUAAAUAAUAACUUUAAAACCCUGAACUAUGCCUUUAAUGAUAUGUUUAGGGUCAGCAAAUUUUAUAAGAAGGCGGUGUUGGUCUUGCUUUUAAUACUCUGCUGAAAAUCUGAAUGUAUUUUUUUUUCUUGAAGCGGGUGAAGUGAAGAAAUCAUAACUUAAUUUAAAUACUAAUAUGCAUACAAUAUGCUUAAAAUAAGCAAAAUUGUAACGUAUCGAACCUAUUUUGUAUUGUAAAUAAAUUGUAAAUAAGUAUUUUAUUUUA